AUGAUGAGGGUAGACGUAUCAGUGUUGGUGAUGACUAUGAGCUUAAUAAUGAUGUUCUCCGAUGAUUGCGAAGCUGGCAGAGUCCAAGCAGCCGUCAGUUUUCUAACGAACGCGUCGCAUCAGGAAAUAGAACUGAAACACGAGUCGAGUCUGUCCCUGAGGGACAUCUUGCCAGUGCGGGCGAAGUACUACGACAAGAAUAGGGCUCCCAAAUUCCUCGGUCAGCCCACUGUAGUAUACUUCCACGUCACCGUGCUGUCUCUCGACUCCAUCAACGAGGAGAGUAUGACGUACGUAGCUGAUAUCUUCUUAGCUCAGUCUUGGCGGGAUCCUCGCUUACGUCUGCCUGAGAACAUGCACGAGGAGUAUAGAAUUCUGGACGUGGAAUGGCUGAACAACAUCUGGAGACCCGACUGCUUCUUCAAGAACGCGAAGAAGGUCACCUUUCACGAGAUGAGCAUUCCCAACCACUAUCUGUGGCUGUAUCAUGAUAAGACUCUGCUCUACAUGUCAAAGUUGACAUUAGUUCUGUCGUGCGCAAUGAAGUUCGAGUCCUAUCCCCAUGACACACAAAGCUGCUCCAUGAUGAUAGAAAGCUUAUCUCACACUGUCCACGACCUGGUGUUCAUUUGGAACCUGACAGACCCGCUGGUGGUGAAUCCGGAUAUCGAGUUGCCCCAAUUGGACAUCUCCAACAACUACACCUCUGACUGUACCAUUGAGUACUCCACAGGUAACUUCACCUGCCUAGCCGUGGUGUUCAACCUGCGCAGACGGCUGGGCUACCACCUGUUCCACACCUACAUACCCUCCGCUCUGAUCGUCGUCAUGUCCUGGAUAUCGUUCUGGAUCAAACCUGAAGCGAUACCGGCGAGAGUCACGCUUGGAGUCACUUCCCUGCUAACUUUGGCGACCCAAAACACCCAAUCGCAACAAAAUCUACCACCAGUCUCGUACGUGAAGGCGAUCGACGUGUGGAUGUCCUCCUGCUCAGUCUUCGUGUUUCUGUCUCUCUUCGAGUUCGCCGUGGUGAACAACUACAUGGGCCCGGUGGCCACGAAGGUUAUGAAGGGGUACUCUGAUGAGGACCUAUCUAGGGAUCUGGAUGCCUUUAAACACAUAUUUCCGAACACCGUGGAUCCGAGAGCGAGUACAUCAGCCUCAAUACCUCAAUAUGACACGUUCUGCAACGGGAGGGAGACGGCGGUAUAUAUCGAUCGGUUCUCACGCUUCUUCUUCCCUUUCUCAUUCUUCAUACUGAACGUGGUCUACUGGUCUACGUUUCUUUGA